AUGACGAUAAAGCUCAAAAGUUCAACCAAUAUUGUAUUGGAGUUAGUAUCCCACUUGGAUGAAGUUUCAUCCAAACAGGCUGUCCUAACUUCUGCUGUUUCAUAUAAUCAACCAGAAAUUUGUCAUACAGCAACUUGGGAUCGUAAUGGAAUAACAUUGGCCAACGAUUCGAUUAUUGAUGGGGAUCCCAUAGAUAUUUUUAUUGAUACAAAAAAUUCAAUUUAUGUCAUUAGUCGCGACGAGGACCAAGUUUUAGUGUGGCAUAACAAUAGUAUCAAUCCAAUACAAAUUAUUUCACCCAACUUCGAAGAUCUUUCAUCUAUAUUUGUAACAUCGAAUGGUGAUAUUUAUAUUAGUAUAGAUGAUGAGAAAAAUAAUGUAAUAAGAUGGAGCUCGAAAACAAAUACUUCUACCAUUGUUAUGAAUCGAUCAAGCAGAUGUUUCAACAUCUUCAUCGAUAUCAACGGUAGUUUAUAUUGUUCAACGUUCUCUGAACAUCAAGUAUCAAAAAUAGACUUGAACAGUUCUUCAACAGAUGCGAUAGUUGUUGCUGGUAUGGAUAGAGCUGGAUCUGAUUCGAAUUACCUUAAUAAUCCUCGCGGAAUCUUUGUUGAUGUUAACUUUGAUUUAUUUGUAGCAGAUGCUAUGAAUAAUCGAAUUCAAUUAUUUCCUUUUGAAGAAACAAAUGCCAUCACAGUUGCUGGUUCGCGAUCGGCACGUCGAACUAUUGAACUCAAUCACCCUAUGGGAAUUAUAUUGGAUGCUAAGAAAUAUUUAUUCAUUGUAGAUGGAGGUAAUCAACGAAUUGUUGGAGAAGGACCAUAUGGUUUUCGAUGUUUACUUGGAUGUGAUGGAAAAGUUCAAUCUAAUCCACUCGAUGUUCGAUAUUCAAUGAGUUUUGAUAGUUUUGGAAAUAUAUUUUUUGUUGAUAGCGAAAAUUGUCGUAUUACGAAAUUUCAAUUAGAAAAUUUUUGUGAGUUUCCAUUGAAUAUAACAAGAUUUUGUUCAAAACCUGUUUGGAAUCGAAAUGGAAUUACUUUUACUGAUCAGUCAACAAUUGGUUUAGAUCCUUCAAGUAUUUUUAUAAAUGAAAAAAAUUUCAUUUAUUCCCUCAAUCGAGAGAAAAAACAAAUCUUAAUUUGGAAUGAAUCUAAUAUUCAACGUCCUAUAAAUAUUCCUCCUGAUUUCUUUGAUUCAUAUUCUCUAGUUGUUGCUUUAAAUGGUGAUAUUUACAUUGAUAAUGGAAUAAAUGGUCGAAUAAAGAAAUGGAUCUUGAAUACAAAAAGAUUUGUCAAUGAAAUGAAUGUUUAUUCAUCUUGUUUUGGAUUAUUUAUCGAUAGAAAUAAUCAUUUAUAUUGUUCAAUGCCUAAACAUCAUCUAGUCAUUAAACGAGAUUUGAAUGAAGUUAUUCCAGCAACGAUUCCCGUAGUUGGUACAGGUGAUCAAGGAUCAACUUCAAAUACUUUAAAUAAACCACAUGGAAUUUAUGUUGAUACAGAACUCAAUAUAUUUGUAGCAGAUUGUGGAAAUAAUCGAAUACAAAGAUUCCCAUUAGGUGAAUUAGAUGCGAUUACAGAAAUAGGAGAUACAUCAUCAGCAAAACAUCGAUAUCCACUUUCAUGUCCCACCGGUCUUACAUUUGAUUCUCAACAAUUUUUAUUCAUUGUUGAUUCAUAUAAUCAUCGUAUUCUUCGUUCAGGAACAAAUGGUGUUCAUUGUGUUAUUGGAUGUGAUGGAAUUAGUGUCAAAUUUAAUCAAUUAUCAUUUCCAUCUAAUCUUGCUUUUGAUAAUGCUGGAAAUAUGUUUGUUGUUGAUUCUGGAAAUAAUCGAAUACAAAAAUUUCAUUAUUUGAAAAAUUCUUGUGAUAUGUCAUCUGUUAUUAAACGGACAUUUUUAUCACCAUUGACGAAAGAUAGUCAGUUAUAUUCUCAAAAUUGUGAUUGGGAAAGUUUUUAUUAUCAGUCAUUUGAAAUAAAAGUACAAGAAAGUCGUUAUUAUUCAAUAUGGAGUCAUGCUGAGAUCGAUACAUAUGGUUAUAUUUAUGAAACGAAUUUUGAUUCACUUAAUCCAAAUGAUAAUCUACUUUUUAAAGAUGAUGAUGAUGAUGACGAUGACGAUGACGAUGAUGAUGAUCAUGAGGGUGAGGGUGAUGAUGAUGAGCAAUUUAAAUUUGAACUUCCUCUUUAUAAUGACACAACAUAUAUAUUGGUUGUCACGACAUUUUAUCCAAUGAAAAUUGGAAACAUUACAAUUUAUAUAUCAGGAUUGAAGAAUAUGACUAUCGAACCUUUGAGUACAUCAGUGAAAAUUCAAUCUGAAUACUCAUUUCAAUUCACAAUGGAUAGUCAAAAAUAUUGUCGUGAUUAUAAAAAACCAAGUUAUUAUUAUAGAACUUUAGAAAUUAAUGUUAAAAAAACAGGUUCAUAUGUUCUUUGGAGUAAAAGUGAAAUCGAUACAUAUGGUUAUCUUUAUAAGGAUGAUUUUGAUCCAUUGCAACCUUUUGGUAAUUUAAUUGAUCAACAUAGUGGUAAAUGUAAUCAAGGACAAUUGAAAUUCGAUAGAACUUUCGAUGAAAAUACAAAAUAUAUCUUAGUUGUAACAACAUAUUAUCCAAAUGCUACAGGAAAUUUUACUAUAUUCAUAUCUGGCGAAAAUAAUGUUACUAUGAAUUAUUUCCAUGCAAAAAAACAAAGUUGUUCAAUUAAAGAUCGUUGCCAUUUUUAUUCAACAACAAUUGGUUUACCUUUAGAUGAUAUUUUACGUGGUGAAAUUCGAUCACAUGUAACAUUAUCUAAUCAACCAAUUUCAAUUAAAAUAAGUGCUGCUUUUACAAUUAUUAUGUUCAUUAUUGGAUUUGUAAAUAGUUUUUUUUCUUUUUUAACAUUUAAAAGUAAAGAAGAACGACAAAUUGGAUGUGGAUUAUAUUUAUUUACAUUAUCAAUUACUUCUUUUAUAACAUGUUGUAUGUUUUUAAUUAAUUUCUGGUUUGCUUUACUUACUGAAAUUUAUGUUGUGACUAAUUUGUCAAUACUUCGUGGAGGUUGUUUAUUUAUUGAACCUCUUCUUAAACUUUUUCUCUAUUGUGAUACUUGGUUAAAUGCUUGUGUCGCAAUUGAACGAUCAGGACGAGUUUACAGUGGAGUUCAUUUUGAUAAAAAGAAGAGUAAACGUAUUGCUCAAUGUAUUAUCUUUAUUUUACCAUUGUGUAUUAUGGCUAGCCUUAUUCAUGAACCUUCACAUCGAAAUAUGUUUGAAUACAAAACUGAAAUUGACAAAGCUUAUGUUAAUAAAACUGAUAGUCCUUCAUUAAAUGUAAAAAAUAAAACAAUGAUCGAUACAAUUUAUCAAAAUAAAAUUGACCAACGCUUCUCGUGUGUAGUUCGUUAUUCGUCUUCUAUUCAAAAUUACAAUACUGGAAUAUUAUAUUUUCAUCUUACCAUUCCAUUUCUUGCUAAUUUAUUUUCAGCUUUAUUUAUCAUUUUUAAAACUGCUCGUCAACGAUCAUCAGCACAAACUAAUCAAUCUUUUCGAGAACAUCUUCGUCAUCAAUUACAUGAACAUAAACAUUUGAUUAUUAGUCCAAUUGUUUUACUUAUUUUAACAAUGCCACGUUUAAUUAUUUCAUCAUUACCUGGUUGUAUACGAACAUCAAAAAAUAUUUGGUUAUAUCUUAUUGCUUAUUUCUUUUCAUUUACACCAUCGAUAUUUAUCUUUGUUAUUUUUGUCGUACCGUCAACUUUAUAUAUGAAAGAAUUUAAAGAAUCUUUUAAUAUUUGUCGAUGUCGAACGGAUAAAAACUCAAAUGGUAAUUAA